AUAGUAUGCACGCGAGGCUCGAUAUGAAUAUUCAAAAUAACGUCGUGCAGCAGCAGCAGCAGCCGCGCGCGUAGGCGAUUGCGUAAGGCAUGCAGCACAGCGCGUCGCAGUAGUAGUAAGUGGUACAUUAAUCCUGAUUUGCUCACGGAGCGGGAAAAUAUUUUCCGCUCACUUGGCCGUGGUGCCGCGUGUUAAGUUUAGUCUUGGAAAAGCAGCCGUCAUGUUGAGAAGUCGCUCGAAGGAUAAAGCCAAAGCCGCGACGUUGCCGUCCGCGGCGGCGACGACGGCGUCAACGACGACGACGACGACCGGCGUAACGUCGGCCGCCACGGUGGACGAUCUACAGCAGCUGCAGCAGCAGCAGCAGCAGCAACGCGAUCAGCUGAAGCUGAAGGCGAACCCGGUCGACGACAGGACGACCCGGGCCGUGUUCAAGCUGCAGUUCGCCAAGAACGAGCUGCACGACUUCUCGAACUACGUGAAGAACUGGGACCUGAAGCCCGAGGCCAAGCUCUCGAAUCGCGCCCAGAUCAUGGAGCUGCACAUACGCGUCAAGCACGCCGAGCAGAUGUGGCGGCUGUACUUCAAUCAGCAGAUGGACUGCUCGGGCGUCGUCGACUCGCUCGAUCUCGACAGCAUGCGCCGCGACAUGAUCUACACGAGGACGAUAUUCUUCCGUUCGCUGGCCAAGGCCUACGUCGUCCUCGGGGAGACGCGCGUCUACUUCGACGACGAUUUUUUCGAUUGAGAGAAGCGAACCAACGAGUUUCUUACGAAGAUCAAUGUAUAUGUGCUAUAUAAGUCAAAAAUCGAUCUAAGCUGUGCAGUGUCGUGUUAGGCUUGUUAAAUUUAAAACAGUGUAUCCAAUGAUUUUGAAUAAAAUUACUAACAAUAAGUACCACUAAA